AUGAGCGAGAAAACCGACGACAGCAGCCCGGCCGCCAACACCACAAGGCCUAGGAAAUCCCAUCGAAAGUCAAGAAAUGGAUGCCGGAAUUGCAAACGUAGAAAGGUCAAGUGCGAUGAGGUCAAGCCAGAAUGUACCAAUUGCCUCCGCUUCGGCCUGCCUUGCGAUUUCAAGGGCACCGCCAUUCAUGCCAGCAGCUCAGGGAGUGUGACGAGCGGCAACCAGCAGACCAGGUCGCAAGACACUGCAAUACCCAGUCGCAGGCGGGGCCGUGGACGGCCGAGGAGAGAUUGGUUGCAAGAGUUUACAGAAGCAAACGCUCUAUCUGCGGUGCCAAAAGCCGGUGUGCCCGAGAAGAGAGAGGCGAUACACGAUCCCUACACGCUCAAUACUGCCAAUAUUGAGCUUAUGCUUCAUUUCACGGCGUAUACGUCUGGCUCUCUGUCCGGCACCAUGUCUCGCAAAGACAAGAUCACAAAUUUCUGGGCUUUCAAUGUGCCGAAAAUCGGCAUCUCGCACCACUUCGUCCUCAAUCUAGUGUUUGCAGUGUCGUCCUACCACCUGGCCUACCUGGAGGCUUCCGACAAUGCGCAGCGUCGGGACUAUACACGACAGGCCGAGUACCAUUUCGAACAUGGCCUGGCGGCAUUCACGCAAGCUCUAGCGAAUGCAAACGAGUCCAAUUGUGGUGCCCUGGACGUGUCUGCCACCAUGGUUUGCUAUUGCACAUUUGCUGCAGGCCCAAAAGGGCCCAACGAUCUGCUGAUUUGCAGAGUUGAAGAUCAAAUAGCGCACAAUUGGUGGCCUGUGAUCAAGGGUCUUCGCCUGAUCCGAGAAAUUUUUGACGCCGACAUACUCUUCUCAGGACUCAUGUCGCCCCUCGGGCCUUCGGAAAGCCCAGAGGUUCCAGAUUCUCGCGCGCAGUGCCUUCGAGAGGAUUUCCCACGCGUCGACUGGGAAAAACAUAUCGGAGAGUUGGGUGAUUUGGUUAAAUCCAGCUCUAGCAGUCACCGCGAUGUAUACUUGAAAGAGUAUGACAUUCUGGCCGCCAUCUACGAGGGUACAUAUGGCGAUGAAAAUGGCGAGUACCAUGGACCUGGUUACAAUCGAAUGGUUUUUGCAUGGAUGUAUCGCAUGGACGACGCCUUUGUCGAUCGUGUUCGCGAAAAGGACCCAAUACCUCUGUUGCUUCUUGCCCAUUUCGCACAGCUUCUCACUACUUUGAAAAAGUGUUGGUUCAUGGAUGGGUGGGCUGAGCACCUGCUAGAAAACACGAGCAGAAUGCUCGACAAAGAGCAUAGGAAAUGGGUGGAGUGGCCACGAAUACAAGUUGGUCUCCCGCCUUAG